GGCUGGUUUUACGACGGUGUGCUUACACAAUGGCAAUUUCCGUCAGUUUGACUUGAACCUCGCGACCGCGUUGAACUCGCCUUUAUGUGUUUACAAUUUUGUUUCGAAAGACCUCUUUUCCCGCUACAAAUUUCGUGUAUAUGUUCACGCCCGAGUCAGAUACAGAAAUCGGAAGAUCUUUGAGUUAGGGGCAGGUUGUUGUUGGUUCGGUAAAAGUGUGAAAACCCAGCUUGAGGCCCUGGUCGGAGAGCUUGAGCGGGGCAGAGCUUCGAAAAGUUUGUUGUUGUCACGUGACGCGGGACGAAUGUGGCGAUAAAAGUUUGUUCAGAUCGUGAAACUUGUUGGCGUAUUACCUUUUUCAGAACCCGUGCAGCAAAUUUUUCACCACGAUGCCUCAACCAAAAUACAGAAAGAUCGCGGUCAUAGGUUACCGGUCCGUAGGGAAGUCGUCUCUUACAAUACAGUUUGUUGAAGGACAGUUUGUCGACUCCUAUGACCCAACCAUUGAAAACACGUUUAACAAAAUGGUCAACGUGAAAGGUCAGGACUUCAAUCUGCAGCUGGUUGACACAGCUGGACAAGAUGAGUACUCAAUUUUUCCACAAUCCCACUCGAUGGACAUCCAUGGUUAUGUUCUGGUCUAUUCAGUGACUUCCAUGAAAAGUUUUGAAGUUGUGCAGGUUCUACACGACAAGCUGCUAGACAUGGUUGGCAAGAUUCAGGUUCCAACUGUUCUUGUAGGAAACAAAAAAGAUCUUCACAUGGAAAGGGUUAUCAAACCAGAGGAGGGGAAAAAACUAGCUGAUUCCUGGGGAGCAGCAUUCAUGGAGUCUUCCGCCAAAGAAAACGAGACUGCUGUGGAGGUUUUCAAGCGAAUCAUUUUGGAGAUGGAAAAAGCUGACGGGAAUGCACCUCCAGAGGAGAAGAAGUGUGCAGUGAUGUAAAGGUUUAUGCAGGACACCAGUGAGCUGAUUCACUGAAGACAUGAGGCACAACUUCACCAGCUUGCUAACAGUGGCCUCAUCGAUGGAGCAGAGGAACGUUUGUUCUCCGCUCAGAAUUGAAGAUUUAUUUACAUAGCAAAGCAGCUGCCCAUCAAAUGAUACUAGAUCCCAGUAAUUGUAACCAUGGAAAGAAAGAUAUUUCUAGAGCAGGAUUAACCUCUCAAAGAAGCGUCUUCACUGGAUACUUUAACGUUGAAAUGCAUUCUGGGAAUAAUAGUGCUUCUUUUUAUUAUUAUUAUUAUUAUUAUUAUUAUUAUUAUUAUUAUUAUUAUUAUUAUUAUUAUUAUUAUUAUUAUUAUUAUUAUUAUUAUUAUUAUUAUUUCCAAGGACUGGUCCAUGAUUUCAGCAGGUCUUUUUGACAGAAAUGCAAUCACAGUUCACAUUGCUUUAAAUGUGGUCACUAUUCUAUCAGCACUCUGUAAGAAAAGAAAUCUCACUGGGGUUUCUCAGUUCUCACUGUAAUUUUUAUCUGCUCAUCCUCAGGUACCUCUUACUCAUGAGCUGUGGUGACGCGUCGUCAUGACACCGUUUUGUUAUUAUAUAUUUAACUACGCCGAUACACAUCGCUCAUAUCUGUAGUAUAAUUUUUCCCCAUUUAUUGUGAUAAGGUUGUUAUGGACAACACUUGUAGAUGGAAUAAAUAUUUGCUAAGUGAAGCCCUUUAUAUACAGUAUAACUAGAAUCUUAGAAUGUGAUUUGGUACUUUGGAAAAUAUCUGGAGCGACUCAAGCGGUUGCUCUCCGUUUUUCUACACAGAGUACACUCUUGGAUUGUUUAUCAAAACUAAAAGGAUUAAUAGAUUUCAGUUUUUGAUUUGCAUUUAGUAUUACAAAAAUACUAUGACAGCGGCCAUGGACUUAGUUUAGUGAAUUUUAAAUUGAUGACUUUAGCUUGCUUGAUAAAACCCAACCAUAGUGCCUGUAGCCUUUCUGACAAAUGGCCACUGUCAAACACUUGAAAUCUUUUUGUUUUGGUUUGUUUUUACAAAACCUGUAGCCUUACAGAAAUCUAAUGUACAGUAAUUCUGUUUGUUUCAUCCCCUAAAGCCUUGUGUUGUAGCUGUAGUGGAUACUUCUAACUUUAUAAAAUGCUUUGCCUAGAUAGUUAAAUGGUGGAUAACUGAUGAUAGUUGAGCAGAGGCUGGUGAUGCUGUGUCUUGUGCCUUACAGAUGUUCAAACUCCUUCAUCUGCUUCCUUUUCUUGACUCAAGGUGCUCUUAAGUUUUGUUUUGUUUUUUUUCCUUUAUUGACUUGACACCAUAGGUGCAGGUGUUGUGCACCUGAACACCAGUAUUCCCCUGUGGGUCAACGGUAAUUUAGAAAUCUUGCUGUAAACUGUUUUGUAAAUAAACAAAUCUGUCACUUG